AGGAGGUCACUCCAGGACAGCCUGUGCUCUUGUGCUCAGUACCUGGUUACGACGGUUCCAGUUCAGUGGAAGAGAUUGCGGUAGGUAAGCAACUCAACUCCAUUGCCAUUGGGUCUGCCGAGGGCUAUGUGGCCGCAGAGCAGGCCAUCUCAGCUGCGGCUAAGGCUGGCAACUGGAUUCUGCUGAAGAACGCCCAUCUGGCACCCGAGUGGAUGGAGCAGUUGGAGAAGACUAAGCUGCACACCCUUAAGCCUGCCGAUGGCUUCCGUCUGUUCAUGAGCAUGGAGAUCAACUCCAAGAUUGCCGUCAAUCUGCUGCGCAUGUCGCGCAUUGUGACCCUUGAGCCUCCUCCAGGCAUCCGUGCGAGUCUGCUGCAAACAUUGCAUGGUAUUCCCACAGAGCGUAUGGACAGACAGCCGGCCGAAAGAUCUCGCGUCUACUUCCUGUUGGCGUGGCUACACGCACUCGUGCAGGAACGCCUUCGCUACGCACCCGUGGGAUGGUCUAAGAAGUACGAGUUCAGUGAGAGUGACCUACGCGUGGGACUGUCGACGGUUGACAGUUGGAUCGACCGAACCACUGGCGGCAGUGGCAGUAACAUAGCUCCUGAGCGCAUCCCCUGGACAGCUCUGAAGGCUCUGUUGUCUCAGUGUAUCUAUGGUGGUCGCGUGGAUAAUGCGUUUGAUCGUCAUCUGCUGGAUGCGUUCCUGAGCCAUUUGUUUGUGGCGCAGAGCUUCGACAUUGACUUUGCGCUGGUGAACUCGUCAACCAACAACGAGACCCCACACGCGGGUGUCGUAAUCCCUGACGCGCGCAACAAGGCUGAGUACUUGGCCUGGGUGGAACAGUGGAGUGGAGAGAGCUCUGAGUCGCCAAUGCUGCUGGGUCUGCACGCCAAUGCCGACUCAGCACUACACGCCACCUUAGCGAAGCGACUGCGCACUAACCUACAGACUGUGCAGGUGUCUGUGGGUGUGGGUGUGGGUGCGGUAGAGGGAGAGACCAGUGCUGAAGACCUGAAAGCCACAGAGAAGAACGUCAACCAUCGCAACGCCGCCGAGCUGGCGGCCAAGUGGCUGGCAGCCCUACCAGAGGAUGUGAAGGAGUUGCGGCGAGACAACGACAACAUCAAACAGCCCCUCUUCCGGUGCUUUGAGCGUGAGGUUAGUGGUGGCAAGCAACUGCUCAGGAAGGUACGCAGGGCCCUUACGCUGGUUAUAGGCGUAUGCAACGGUGACAAACAGUCGAACAAAGGACGAGCGCUGCUGCACGACAUCCUCAUGGCCACCAUUCCUCAUGCAUGGAGACGGUACACUGUGCCUGUGGGCUUGGCACUGCCUGAGUGGAUGGUCGACUUCACCGCCCGCAUGACACAGCUACAGAGCAUCUCCGCUGGCGUUGAGCAAGGCGAGCUCCUGCAGGACAUUUGGCUGGGAGGCCUCAUGUAUCCUGAGGCGUACAUUACAGCAACUAGACAAGCCGUCGCACAAGCGAACAAAUGGUCGUUGGAAGAACUGUCGCUACAGUUACAAUUGGAUGUGUCUGAUGGCAGUGCCACAUCAGGAUUCAUGGUCACGUCCCUGUAUAUAGAUGGGGCUAAACCAGACCCUCAGGCGGGUUUGAGUCUUGAUACGCGAGGAAGUGUAGAGAUGAUGAGCAAGAACAAGCUUGUGUGGAUUCAUGAAUCAUCGAACACCGCAGCCCAGACAAGCGACCACCUUACGCUGCCCCUAUAUCUGAAUCAUUCUCGGCAAAACUUGUUGUCCACUGCCGCUGUGCACUGUAGUAUUCCUCAGGUAAAGGUAUACCAGCGUGCGGUUGCGCUGUACGCAUCUGUUGUUGGGAAGUAGCAUAGAUGGACGACGUACUGGCUGUCGAGUAUCGACCCUCGCUAUCUACACUGUUCCUGUUCCUAUCACAUACAGUUAUCAUGUUAAUUACAUUGGAAUGAAUAAUUUAAAAUGAGAUUCCUUGGCUCUCUUAUGUAAUAGGAUAUAUUCACAAUAAAAAAUUGACGCCAUACACGGUACUAACAAG